AUGGUUAUAGAAGCUAACAACCUGUGUCUUCAAUCAAAAGGAUUCGGGUUUAGUCGUUCUGAUCCAUCUUUACUAGUUUUUCAUCAUAACAAUAUUUCCAUAUUCAUUUUAAUUUAUGUUGAUGAUAUUCUGGUGACAGGUAACGAUCAAACAGCUAUACAGCAGCUCCUUCAACAGCUACAGCUUCAAUUUGCCCUGAAGCAAUUAGGACAAAUUUCUCUCUUUCUUGGCAUACAAGUCCUCCGGUCCUCAACAGGCUACUUUCUUACCCAACAGCACUACGCCUCAAAACUAAUUCAUGAUGCCAGUUUUCAAGACUGCAAGUCCGCUCCGACGCCGGUAUCUCUGUCCGCAAAGAACAAACACGUCGACUGCAAACUGCUCUUUCUUGGCAUACAAGUCCUCCGGUCCUCAACAGGCUACUUUCUUACCCAACAGCACUACGCCUCAAAACUAAUUCAUGAUGCCAGUUUUCAAGACUGCAAGUCCGCUCCGACGCCGGUAUCUCUGUCCGCAAAGAACAACCACGUCGACUGCAAACCGUUUCACGAUCCAACCCUUUACCGCCGUUUAGCAGGAGCUCUUCAGUAUCUUUCUAUCACCAGACCUGAAAUAGCGUUUGCCACUAACAUGGUGUGUCAACAAUUGCAGGAUCCUACUACACAAGAUUUUCAAGAUCUCAAGCGCAUCCUACGGUACGUCAAAGGAACAGUCACAUUUGGUCUUCCAAUCCAGCGUGGUCCGCUCGAACUUCACUCCUACACCGAUGCGGACUGGGCAUCGGACGCUACUGAUCGGAAAUCCAUCUCCGGGUCGUGUACCUUCCUCGGACCAACUCUUAUCUCCUGGUCCGUCAAAAAUCAAAUCACAGUUGCUAAAUCUUCCACAGAGGCAGAGUAUUGA